ACACGUGGCUGCCGCGGAGCCAGAGCAGCAAUGGCGGCGGGCGGCGGCGGUGGCCGCGACCCCCUGGCCCCAGCGGGGGUCCCCUGCGCCUUCUCCCCUCAGAGCCAGGCCUAUUUUGCUUUGGCCUCUACUGAUGGUCACCUGCGAGUGUGGGAGACAGCUAACAACCGGCUGCAUCAGGAGUACGUGCCUUCCGCGCACCUCAGCGGUACCUGCACCUGCUUGGCCUGGGCGCCAGCGCGGCUGCAGGCCAAGGAAAGUCCUCAGAGGAAAAAAAGGAAAUCAGAAGCUAUAGGAACUGGUGACCAGAUUGACUUGUUGGCGCUUGGUACAGCAGUUGGUAGCAUUUUAUUAUACAGUACAGUAAAAGGAGAAUUACACAGUAAAUUAAUAAGUGGUGGACAUGACAACAGAGUCAAUUGCAUACAGUGGCAUCAAGACGGUGGCUGUUUAUAUAGUUGUUCAGAUGAUAAACAUAUUGUGGAAUGGAACAUACAGACCUGCAAAGUAAAGUGCAAAUGGAAAGCUGACAACAGCAGUGUCAGUUCCCUGUGCAUCAGCCCAGAUGGAAAGAUGUUACUUUCAGCAGGUCGAACAAUCAAACUGUGGGUUUUGGAGACCAAAGAAGUCUACAGACACUUCACAGGGCACGCGACGCCAGUUUCAUCACUUAUGUUCACUACUAUCAGACCUCCUAACGAGAGCCAGCCCUUUGAUGGAAUUACAGGUCUUUAUUUCUUAUCUGGAGCAGUGCAUGACCGGUUACUUAAUGUCUGGCAGAUCCGGUCAGAAAACAAAGAGAAGAAUGCAGUGAUGUCUUUUACAGUUACAGACGAGCCUGUCUAUAUCGACUUGACUUUGUCGGAAAACAAAGAAGAGCCUGUCAAAUUAGCUGUGGUUUGCAGAGAUGGUCAAGUCCAUCUUUUUGAACACAUAUUAAAUGGGUACUGCAAAAAGCCCUUGACUUCAAACUGCACAAUUCAGAUAGCAACACCUGGGAAAGGCAAGAAAUCAACACCAAAACCAAUCCCUAUUCUAGCAGCUGGGUUUUGCUCAGACAAAAUGUCCUUGUUGCUUGUAUAUGGCAAUUGGUUUCAGCCUGCUAUUGAGCGAGUGGCUUUAAACUCCAAAGAACCUCAUAUGUGUUUAGUAAGGGAUAUUUCAAACAGCUGGGUCCCAAAAGUAGAAACGGCUAUAACAAAGGUGAGAACACCGAUGAUGAAUUCUGAAGCAAAAGUUCUGGUGCCAGGGCUACCUGGUCACCACGCAGCUAUCAAGCCUCUUCCGCAAGCUGAGGAAGUAGAGAGCAAGAGGAAAUUAGGGGGAAAUGAGGUUAGCAUUGAAGAACGCCUGGGAGCAAUGGAUAUAGAGACAAAGAAAGAAAAGGAUGACCUCCUACAGACCAAUAGCUUUCCAGUUCUUCUUGCACAAGGUUUAGAAAGUAAUGAUUUUGAAAUGCUAAAUAAAGUACUGCAAACUAGGAAUACAAACCUAAUAAAGAGGACUGUGUUAAGGAUGCCCCUGCAUGCUGUUAUUCCAUUGUUGCAAGAGCUUACAAAGAGGUUGCAAGGACACCCUAAUAGUGCUGUUUUAAUGGUUCAGUGGCUGAAAUGUGUGUUAACGGUCCAUGCAUCAUACCUAUCCACAUUGCCUGACCUGGUGCCCCAGCUUGGGACGCUCUACCAGCUGAUGGAAAGCAGAGUCAAAACUUUUCAGAAACUCUCACAUCUUCACGGAAAGCUUAUUCUUCUAAUCACACAGGUUACGGCAUCAGAGAAAACAAAGGGAAUGACUUCCCCUGGACAGAAGGCAAAGCUAGUAUAUGAAGAAGAAUCUUCUGAAGAGGAGUCUGAUGAUGAAAUAGAAGAUAAGGAUUCAGAUGAUAAUUGGGAUGAAGAUGAGGAAGAGAAAGACAGUGAAAAAGAAGAGGAUAUUGAUGAAGAGAAUGAAGAGGAAGAUGAAGAUACCGAAGAAAAUGGUGAGGACAGAGAUGUAGCAAGUGAAAAAGAGUUAAAUGGAGAUUCUGAUUUAGAUCCUGAAAAUGAAAGUGAAGAAGAAUGAAGACAAAAGCAAGCCGAUUGAACUGUGUAAACUCUGGCUCACGUUGCCCAGGGCUGCAGAGUUCUCCUGGGGAGGGUUGACUGUGCCAGGAUGCCAAGGACCACUAUGCGUUUCCAAAUUUUACAGCGAUGGUUCCCACACCACCUGCUGUCCUGAGCACCCCAAACUUAACUGUGUAAAUAAGAGUGUUUCCUUCAAAUGUUAAUAAACUUUACACAGUAAAUAGAUAAAUUUUCUGCAAUGUAUUGACAUGAGUGUCCAAUAUAUGGUAUAUUUUUAUAAUAUAUCCCAGUAUGAUUGGUUAUAUCAAGAAUUGACGUGAGGAUAACAACCUUUCCGUCUGGAUCAAGAACUGGACUACCGUGAAGGGAUCAGCUCUGUCUCAGGUUGGUAUCUUUCAUCAAAUCCAGAAGCAAGGUGACACUAGGGAAUCAUUUUUUAAUUUGGUAUAUAUUUAAUUUGACAAUUUCAUAAAACAUGAAGGGAUAAUGAAAAAUGAUUGUGAUUAAAGAAACAAACCAACAGACACUGGUAUCCCUGACUUGUCUGUUACCUGUGGUAAUCUGGCAGGAGUCAGCUCAGAUUUGGGCGUGUUUCCCAAAGAUAACUACUUAUUUUUAAAGCUGUCAUGUGAAAUAUUUUUUUAAGACUAAACAAAACAAAAUUAUGCUAAUGGAAAAACAAAACUUAGCCAUAUUAAAGGUUUUUUUUUCCUUACUGCAGAUUGCCUGUAAAGACUCAUCAGUAUAUAGAUUUUAGACAUGCUCAUUACUUGCGACUUUUUAAAAAAUCCAGUUAAACUGCGCUGCUUUUGAGGAGGUUUUCAUUUUUAUUUAAAUUACUAAUGGAUCAAAGAACAAUUGUUUAUUUUUUUCUCUUUGGUUUUA